UGAUGAUCGAUGUCUGUAUAAUUACUUCGUUUCUUCUGAUGCGAGAGAGAGAGUGAGAGUUUGCGUUUGUUCAGUUCUCCUGACGCGAAUUCGUAAGUAGAUGUGACAGACGAGGGUUCACUAUAUCUGUUGCGUGAGAGUGUUUUCCUCUGUGUUCUUGUUGAGCGAUUCCCUAUGAUAGGUUUGAGGGAUUUGUUUUUUUUCAUGAAAUGAAAAAAAUACUUUCAGCGGAUGAGUUUCUUGAGUUUUUAGUGUGAGCGUUUACUGUACUAGAAGGUGGCAUAUAGAAUCUGAAAUUUUGCAUCCAAUACGAAACAGACGCCUGCCAACCCCCAACAUACCCGAUCCUUUCACAUAUACAUUCGUCUUGAAGUUCGUCGAGAAACAUAAAGAUUGGAAUUUUGAGUUUUUGCAGAGGCGCUUUCUCCUUUUCGUCUUGUUUGUAGAUUUUUAUCAAGCACGAUUGUGACUAAACACAGUAGGUGUUCAUUUUGAUCUUCCUUAAUCGACGUCACUAAUAAGUCGUCGUCGAUAUAAUUAUGGUAUUCGUAUCGCCAGAUUCGGACUAGUUGUUUGUAUCUCUGCAGCGAACUUCAAAUAUAGUAGUUGUUUCUAUGUAUAACGUUAUGAAAUCAACAUCUAUGGUUAUGACCAGUGCUGCGUCGCCGUCUGCUGUAUAUGGACAUCCCUCUGCAACUGUGCUAAAUCGAGAUCGGCGACUAGAACCCUGACUGCGUACGCCAAAGCUCCUGGGUGUGUGUGUGUGCUAGCCCUCGUUCCGCUCUUUGACGAUUUAUUUCAAGCUCAGCAAGCGAUAGCCAGAACUGCUUCCGCACUGCACAGAUCAGCGACGAUUGACUCUGCUUUAGCGUCUACGUAAAAGGAGGAUCGAUACACAGGAUACCACCAUACUCGAAGCGCAAUCCUAGAAUCAUAAACCGGACUGGUGCUGUAAUACGACGUUACAUAAUAUAGAGCAAGAAGGCUGGAAGGGAUUCGGUCACGCCAUCCUCAGCACUCGGACUCCCUUGCAAGUGCCCUCGACACCAUGUCUUCCGCUCGAGGUCCGAACCCGUCCCCGCCCGGGGCGGAAGCCGCCGAACCCUAUGAUUUCACAGACUUUAAGGACUUCUACAACGCCCUUGACGUGCCACCAGACGCCGAUGUCGACUCGAUCAAAAAGAGCUAUAGGAAGCUCAUUCUCGAUUGGCACCCGGAUAAACGACCCGACUCGCCAAAUCAGACCGGUAGAAAGUUUAGAAUUACUUACAGCAAUCAUAUUCAUGAUAAGAUGAUAAGAUUUACUGGGACAGAAACAUUGAUGUAAGCAAGUUAACGUUAUAGAGGAUGCUUUGUUGAUGCGUAAAGAUGGCAGGUGUAGAAGUCAUGAUAAUACAGGACUUGGUGUGGUUCGAAUGAAUGAAUGAGUGAGAUCUUGUUCACGUUGAUUAAAUAUUAGGGGAUGAAGAUCAAAAAAUAUCAAAAUCAAAUCCAAGAUCACAAGAUUAUGAGCAAAGUGGGACCAGGAGGUGGAGCUAUCCCUAUCGUCAAUAUGAAUAAGAUUACACUCAAUGGCUAUUGUUAUUAAUAAUAUGAAUGAGGUUUACAACAACAACACACUCACAAUGGCUAUUGUUAAUAAAUACGCUUAAAGCACUAUCUCAACAACAAACAGGCAAGAAGAUGUUCCAGCUGAUAAACGAUGCCUGGAACUGCUUGCAGGAUGACGCGAAGAGGGAAGAAUAUACGGAAAUGUGGCGGGAGUAUCACAAGCAAAAGCUAAUGCCCUUUGAACGCGCUGAACUCGCAAGAAAAGAGGGCAACGAACUCUACAAAAAGGGUAUUUCUUCUAUCUGUAGUUUUUGUAAUGUUGACAAGGUCAUGAAUACAAACAUAGGGAUGGUGGUGGUGUCACAUAUACAUAGAUACAAAAAAAUUUGCUAUGAAAGACGUGCAGGCACGACAUGACAUAGCAAGAGAGUUAGAGUAUUAUGGUCCUUAACAACAAUGGUGUAAGAGAAUGAGUUCAUCUCAUUCUCUUCGCCUCAUUCUCUAUUGAAUACAUCAACAGGUCAGACGGCUGCCCGUGAGAACAAUAUUCCGCAAGCCUUGACGAUGUAUCAGGCUGCGAUCGAGCGCUACUCGGAAGGAAUUGCGAACUCCGAGAGUGACCACCGUCUCUAUAGUAACCGCGCAUUGUGCUACGCUGUUCUCAGGGAUUGGCCUCGAGCUAAACGCGACGCACAAAAAGUGGUCGAGAUUAGGUAUCGACUAUGUGCUAUUUUUGUAGCUUGACAGACUACUAUGUACUAUUAUUUUUGUACUCACUCUUCUCAACUCAGCUCUUCAAUGAAUUGCUAACUACGUACAUGAUUUAAAAUGCAUAGUACUCAUGCGGACUGGUUAAAAUUUCUUGUGUUAGCUUCUUACUAGUUUUUUGUCAACACGUACCACUACCAGCUUCUACAAAAAGCAUUUCGAUUUUCAAGAAAAUUAUGAUGCAGUAGUUGUUAAUAUGUUUUUCAUCAAUGGUAAAACCUCCCACGACGACCUCCAGGCCGAACUUUAUGAAGGGUUGGUUCACGCUAGUUCGAAGCUACAUUAUGGAGAACAACUUGGAAGACGCUAGUCGGUGUUUGGACCGGGGUUUGCGAAGUUGCGAUCAGCAUCCAGACCUCGCUAAAUUGUCGGAGGAGAUUGCGGCCCGUCGCAGCGAACAAGCGCCACCCGCUUCGAGCGGGAAUGCGACCAUGACGCUGGGAAACUCGAACGUGCUGGGAAGUUCCCAAAGGGCGUCCUCGCGAUCGCCGCGAGAGACUUCGACCGGCGCCGUCUACAAUCUCGACGGAAGUCUACGCACAGGAGGGACAGGCCUAGGAGCUAGCACAAGUCAAAGCAACCUGCAAGGAGGUGCAAGCAGCACCAGUUUGGGAGGCGGUGCUGCUGGUUCGUCUACUUCACCAGGCGGCGCUGCUGGAGGGCUAAAUACCUCAUCGAAAAGCGGAGCUGGAGGCGCGGUCUCGGGUGCAAGUCCUCCCCUUGGGAGCAGCCGUCCGCUAAGCUACCGGGAUGUGACGCCUAGUCGGACGCCACCAACACCGUUGAUGCAGCACCGCAUGGGCCUGGGCUCCAGCCGUGGGAUGACUGCGCCGUCGUGGGCCACGCAGCAGGACCUAGAUGGUACAGGCAACUUCGGCGGAACGAGCAACUUCGGUGGCGGCUUUGGCGACACUGCAAACUUCGGCCGGAGUAUAGGGUAAAACUACACCUUCACCUAAUAAUACUUUUUAUUGUUCUUUUUUUUAUGAAGUACGAGAAGAAUUAGGAGAACGUGAAUUUAUCUUCUAGCAGAUUCAACUGCAAGUGCAAACACAUCUUCAAGAUUGAGAUGACAAGGAAAAUAGUUGAAGAACAUGACCAUAGCCCAUGGUCCAUGGAUUAAAUGUCGAUCGUUUUUAAUCUCGAGAGUGUUUGAUCUUGAUGACACACUUUUUGCAUGGUACCAUAGAUGUUGUUCAUAGUACGUUUCGAAGUUCUUGAAGAACAUGGUCCUCUUCAGGUACGCUCGAACGCCACCGAAAGGGAACAGUCCGCGAUUUCCACCAGGUGGGGCUCCGACUGGCAGCACGCCUCCGAGGUACGUAACGCCCCCUAGAAUGGGGACUAGUGGAGGCCUGGGUGCCAGCAACGGCAGCGCGCGAGGCUCAGGAAUCGAUUACGGAACAGCGAAUCCCCUGAAUCAAAGGUACAAGUACUUAGACAUCGAUAAGCAACGAGGAUAAGGAUGAAUUGAAUAGAGCUAAUCGUAAUCAGAAGAUGAAUGUGAGGUAGUAUCUUCUAUCUUCUAUCUCCUAUCUUGAUCCACACUGUACUGUAGAUGUAAGACAUGGACAUACUAGAAGAGGAAACUCUACUGAUCAUGAUCAUCUACAUGAUCAUUAAAACGCAAUCGCAAAACCAGUCACACACAAUUUGCUGCUACGCACGGCGUCGGGGGACCGCAGUAUGCUUACCCGCGGUCUGCUAGCCGGACACCUCCUAAACCUCGAGAGGUCAUCGUAGUUGAGCAAGCUGGACCAGUGAGAGCACCCAGUCUGCAGAGCCAAGCAAAUUUAAACCGGGAUCGAAACAGCAGUCCCAGAAUCGCUAAUACUUCUCCGCGUGCGCCUGGAGGGUGAGGAUGGUAGAUACUAGUAAAGAAAAAGAUGUUUUUAGUGGCGAGGAUGGUGCUGGUGGUGGUGAUGGCUAUGGACACGAGCAAGAUACAUGUCCAGACGCGGAUCUUGAUCAUCAUGUGCUUGAGGAAGAUGCUUGGCCAAAUAAAUAGUUCUCUUGUGGGGGAGUAGAAGCAGAAAAAGAACAAAGUUGUAAAGUUCUGAGAAGUAGUACAACGAGCACUAUGGGCGGGAAAGAUGGCAGGACCAGAACCCAUGAUCAUGGUCGCCGUGGACACCUCCAGUCACUUUUAGCAUCUUUUCUGGCGCACUUGUUUGGUCGUGCGGGGGAAGUGGAUGAAAAAGGAUUGGAGAUGCACAUUCAUUUCGGAAUCUUUUGAUAGGGAGAGGGAGACUUCAUUUGGAUCUUAUUAAUAAUACUUGUAGUUUCACACGCGGACGGGAAAGAUGACCAUUCAUCUCUUCGAUGAUGUGUGCGUGCAUAACGGGAGCGGCCGCUACUCUUGUUCACGAAAAACGGCACAGAAAAUCAGCGGAGAUGCGCCUUACAUCGUCUGCUGUCCAGGUUCGAGCGCGUGCGGCCAAGGCUCAAGCUUGCAAGAUUCAAGGGGCGACGCCGAAUAGAUCCCGAAUCUGAAGAUCGCUGUAACGGCACAGUAUGUGUGGCAAUGUUCGUGGAACAACACGAAACGAGGCAAUGCCGAAACGAAAUCUCUUGCGUUGUUCCGAGCACUCAAUUUACUGAAGCAAACAAGGAGCACGCUUCCUCGCGCGUGCGUUUGAGCCGAAUGAAUGUGUCUCCUGGUCCUGCAUUGUCCAGAAUAAGAACAGGUUUUUACCAUUGUAUGUUGUGUAUCUUACUCUAUCAAUCAUCCACUUCUCGAAUGUUGUAUUGUAUCUUACUCUAUCAUCCACUUCUCGAACGUUGUAUCUACCUUCAAAAAAACCAUCAAAAACGAC